CGCGAGGCCCGGCACAGCCUUCCUGUGUGGUUUCAGCCGUCCAGAGCGUGUCAUGGACCUGGGCAAGCCAAUGAAAAACAUGCUGGUGGUGGCUCUCCUUGUCAUUGUCCAGGUGUGCCUGUGCCAAGAUGAAGUCACGGACGAUUACAUCGGAGAUAACACCACAGUGGACUACACACUGUAUGAGUCUGUGUGCUUCAAGAAGGACGUGCGGAACUUUAAGGCCUGGUUCCUCCCAAUCAUGUACUCCAUCAUUUGCUUCCUGGGGCUACUGGGCAAUGGGCUGGUCGUGCUAACCUACAUCUAUUUCAAGAGGCUCAAGACCAUGACCGAUACCUACCUGCUCAACCUGGCCGUGGCCGACAUCCUCUUCCUCCUGACCCUUCCCUUCUGGGCAUACAGCGCGGCCAAGUCCUGGGCCUUCGGUGUCCAUGUCUGCAAGCUCAUCUUUGGCAUCUACAAGAUAAGCUUCUUCAGCGGCAUGCUCCUGCUGCUUUGCAUCAGCAUCGACCGCUAUGUCGCCAUCGUCCAGGCCGUCUCGGCCCACCGCCACCGUGCUCGUGUCCUUUUCAUCAGCAAGCUGUCCUGCGUGGGCAUUUGGAUGCUGGCCAUGGUGCUCUCCAUCCCGGAGCUGCUGUACAGUGGCAUCCAGAAGAGCAGCAGCGAGCAAGCCUUGCGGUGCUCUCUCAUCACCGAGCACGUGGAGGCCUUGAUCACCAUCCAGGUGGCCCAGAUGGUGGUGGGCUUUCUGAUCCCCCUGAUGGCCAUGAGCUUCUGCUACCUUGUCAUCAUCCGCACCCUGCUCCAGGCACGCAACUUCGAACGCAACAAGGCCAUCAAGGUGAUCAUCGCCGUGGUUGUGGUCUUCAUAGCCUUCCAGCUGCCGUAUAAUGGGGUGGUCCUGGCCCAGACGGUGGCCAACUUCAAUAUCACCAACAGCGGCAGCUGUGAGCUCAGCAAGCAGCUCAACAUCGCCUAUGAUGUCACCUACAGCCUGGCCUGCGUCCGCUGCUGCGUCAACCCUUUCUUGUACGCCUUCAUUGGCGUCAAGUUCCGAAAUGACCUCUUCAAGCUCUUCAAGGACUUGGGCUGCCUCAGCCAAGAGCGGCUCCGGCAGUGGUCUUCCUGCCGGCACACCCGGCGUUCCUCGAUGAGUGUGGAGGCCGAGACCACCACCACCUUCUCUCCAUAGGAGGUUCCUCUGUCUGGACUAGAAGGACCUCUCCCAGGGCCCCUGGGUUGGGACAGGGAAGCUACAAUGACUCAGGACCCAAAGGCUGCUGAGGGAAAGGCAGUUCCGGCCAUUAAGAUUUAUCUCGUGGUGAAAAUCCAUGCCACAGAAGACAGACCCCAACCCUAGCUACCUCAGUCCAAGUUGUAAAGAGACGUGGCUGAUAAGCUACCCCAGAUCUGGCAACACUCCAAAACCAAGGUUGUUGUCCCCUAAACCAAAAACCAAAAGUGAAAGUCCAGAGACAGUUCACACCUCCUGGAGUGGGGGACAGGUGUUGAUGAGAGCUAGGGUGGUGGAAGGGGCCUGGCAAGUCCUCUCAGUGAAAUUUCUUCCCACCUAGAAAGAAGUUGUCCCUGAGAUCCAAGGGCCGAGGCAAGGUCUUCCAGAAAACAAGGCUUUGUCUCUAAGACCAGAGAUGGUGGGGAGACUUCUUGGCUUGGCAGGGAAAGGAGGACGCCAAUGGGUCAAACUAACUCUGAAUCCCUCCCUCCAUCUCUCUUCCUCCACUGUCCUCAGAGCCAGCAAGAAAUGGCAGCCUCCAAGCCUCCCUAAAAGCUCAUUUGCCCCUCGCCUGCUGACUCUCCUCAGGCUGCUGUCCCCCCAGGCUCUCCACAAGGAAGGGGUGUGGUGUUCCCUGCAGGCCAGGCGAGCUGCCUCAGCCCCGCCAAAGCCAUGUUCCCAGCCAGGGCUCUGGAGCAGGGAUGACGUGUGGCCAGCCCUUCUUAGGUCUCAGCUCUGCUGGGAUGGGAGGAGAGGGCAGGGAGAAAGGUUAGGGGCCCGGGGGUGGGUGACAGUGCUGGCUGCUGAAAGCCAAUGAGCUGCUUCUUUGUUCUUUGUCACGGGGACAAAAACCUCUCAUCCUGUUCUGCUUUCAAUUCAUUAAGAGAGCAUAUUUUACUCAUACACAAAUAAAAGUUUUCCCUUGAGGAAACAACAGCUUUAAAAGAAAGGAAAAAGAU